GGCCCUUAUAACCCCAACAAAGAAGAAAGAAAGAAAGAAAGAACCUAAUUUCUUCUGUUAGUGGCUCUAUAAACCCAAACAACAACAGCCACCUAAUUUCUCCUUAAUUUACUUUAUUCUGGAGGAUUCUAUUUGCUUGAAAAGAAAAUUAUGACUCGUAUACAAAGUGAUACACUAUUGAACUUACUGGAGAAACUGAAUAUAUCCGAAAGUCAAGUGAGUGAAGAUGAACUUUCGUCCACCAUAACUUACAUCAUCAAGGCUUGUCGAGUACCUCCUCUUCAGAAUAAAGAUGUGCCCUAUACUGCAUCAGAUUUUGAGGGUGUUGCAAAUAAUGCUGAAAUUCAAUUAAAUGUUAUUUUAAAAAUUAUUGAGAAAAUAUGUUUUGCUAAAAGACAUGAACAGCAUUUUACUCCUUUGUUUAUAAGAAAUGUUGUGGUUAAUUGUUUACUUGUUGCUUGUGAAUUCAUUGAUGAAAAUUGGGAAUGGUGCAAUAAAAUAACUGCUGCUGCAUCUGCAAAUGUAAUAACCAAGUUGUGUGAUGUUUGCAACUGUAAAUCUGCGCAACAACUUCUCAAUUGCUCUCCCACUGAAACAGUGGACAAAUCAAGUCAUAACAAUGGUACUCCUGUUGCUGAAAAAGAAAAUGCUCUCUAUUAUAUAAAAUUUAUAUUACAAAAGUUUAGUGAAUUGUUCAACAAAAAUAAUUGGAAAUUAUAUCCUUCCUUAAAGAUGUCCUAUUGGUGGAUUCUUCAACAUCUGAAUCAAAGGACUUUAGGGGAACAUUUGUCAUACCUCCUCCCUCCUGCACUGUUUAUUCUGGAUGAUUGGGAGCAGCAAAACAAAAUACUUGGAAUUCGUUGCCUAUUUUACAUAUUAAAAACUAUGCCAGGUGCAGAAUUAAGAUGGUAUGGACGAGCGGCAGUGAUAUAUGAUGCUUUGAAACCAUUACUCUUUUUAAGAGAGGCUGAAGUCCUGAGCAUUUUAUAUCCAGCUAUUAUUGAAGUUGCAGAUGUGUUAGAGUCAGAUCCAUCAAACACAGGAAAGCUGAAAAGU